AUGAUUACAAAGUGUAAUACUAAAACACUUUAUCGGCUUAUUAAAUUUGGUAAUAUCCAGUUGACUACAAGUAUCUUUUAUCAAAGCAGUCGAGUGUUCACAAAAUACCUUAUAUCAAAUUAUCACACUAUGAGUGGGAAUUAUGAAGAUCUCAAGGAAUUAUUAUCUGACUCAAGUGAUUGGGAUAUUAACGAAUCGAGAUCUAGAGCUACAAUUAAUACCAAAACUGCAGCUGUGAAUAUAGCUCAUAUUUCAACGCCUAAAAAAAUAGGAACCCUGAAGAAGAAUGAUAGUGAAGAUUUAUCUUUUAUCGAUGAUCUGGAAGAGGAUUCUUCAUUGUUAAAGCUUUUGCAUAAGAAAAAGACCAAUGAUAAGACACUUUUUGGAGCACUUAAUCAAAGACCGAAGAAUAAAAGUUUGCUUAAGACACCACAGGAUAUAUCCCCAAACUUUUGGAAUGACAUUAAAAAUAAUAGUAGCCCUUUAUUUACGAAGAACACUAGUACUCAGCUUACAAAUAUACACAAAGUUCUACAUAGUCAAAGAGAUUACUCAACAGGUUCAUCUAAUAUAAGUUCAAACGAACAUAAUCAAAAAAGCAUCGAUAAGAAGAAAACCUUUAAAGAUAUCCAGGAGGAAGAAUUGGAAUUAUUACUUGCUUCACAAUCCAAUGAAUCAACAAUUAAUGAGGAAAACUCUUUAAAAUAUAAACAAUCAGAUGAAGCAUUACAAGAGCAGUUGGAUGAUGAUUUUGAUCACGUAGACGAGAUCGAUGUAGAUCUAGUGGACGAAGUAGAUAUUGAGGCUAAGAUAAAUUAUGAUAAUUUUAUUAAGGAACAACGUAAAAAUUUAGAGAUCUCAAGCGAAAAUGCCAAACCAACACAUAUUUCAAUUUCUGAUGAAAGUUCUCCAAUAGUUAUAAAGAAGAGAGAAAAAACGAGAUAUGGAAAUAAAUUUCAUUUAUUAACUCAACGUCCAGGAUUAAAUAGUGAUGAUAAUCCAAUUAAAACUCUUAAUUUGCCUAAAGAUAAUAAAAUAAUGAUACCAAUACGUUUAAGUGAGGAACAAGAAAAUGUGAUAAAAUUAGCUGAGGAAGGUCGCAAUAUAUUUUAUACCGGGAGUGCUGGUACUGGGAAGUCCGUAUUAUUACGUCAAAUGAUUAAAGUUUUAAAACGAAAAUAUGGCCAUGCUAGAGUAGGUAUAACGGCUUCAACUGGGUUAGCUGCAUGCAAUAUUGGGGGUAUCACCGUACAUUCAUUCACUGGUAUUGGUUUAGGUAAGGGAGAUGAAGAAAAUCUUUAUAAAAAAGUAAGAAGGUCAAGAAAACAUCUGAAAAGAUGGCAAAAUAUAAGCGCUUUAAUCAUAGAUGAAAUUUCUAUGUUGGAUGGUAUACUAUUAGACAAGUUAAAUUAUAUUGCACAAAAAAUUAGGAAAAACAAAGCACCAUUUGGAGGAAUUCAAAUUAUAUUCUGUGGUGAUUUUUUCCAAUUGCCUCCAGUAGUUAAAGAUAAUUCUCCUCUUAAGUUUGCAUUUGAAUCUGAUAUUUGGAAAAAUGGUAUUGAUGUCACAAUUAUGUUACAGAAAAUUUUUAGACAACAAGGUGACUCAGUGUUCAUUGAUAUGUUGAAUAAAAUGAGAGUAGGAAAUGUUGAUUCAGACACUGAAAUGGAAUUCAAGAAAUUGUCCAGACCUUUACCUGACGAUGAAAUUAUACCUGCAGAAUUAUAUAGUACAAGAUAUGAAGUUGAUAGUGCAAAUAAUUCCAGACUGGCCAAACUUCCUGGGGAUAUAAUAACAUACAAUUCAAUUGAUGGAGGGUCAUUGGAAGACGAAGAAGCUAAAUCCAGGCUGUUACAGAAUUUUUUGGCACCAAAGCAACUAAAGCUGAAAAUUGGUGCUCAGGUUAUGAUGAUUAAGAACAUAGAUUCUACCUUAGUGAAUGGGUCUUUAGGGAAAGUUAUAGAUUUUAUAGACCCUGAUACUUAUAUGUUCUAUGAUACAAUUGUAAAUAAUCCAAGAAUUCCAACAGAAGAAUUAGAAAAAUUCAGAAGUAAUCCUGAAUUAUUAAAAGAGGCAUAUGAGAAAAAGGAAGAAAAAGAAGAUAAUAUCCAAACGUCAAAGAGAGGUAGAAAUACGUUAAUAAAGAAAGCUUUCAACGAAAAUGAAGAAACACCAGUGGCUGCAUUAGGAGAAAGUUUAUUUGACUUCUUGGCUGAUGUCACAGGAAAUGAUUCCAGUAUUGUAGAAAAUUUGAAUAGAAAAAGGGAAUUAUUAAAUGAUAUCCAUCGAAGUUCUACCGGACAGCGUAGACUUCCUUUAGUCAGAUUCAAGACAACCGACCUGACGACCAGAACCGUCUUGGUUGAACCCGAAGACUGGGCUAUUGAAGAUGAAGAUGAGAAACCAAUUGUCUCCCGAAUCCAAUUACCUCUGAUGUUGGCUUGGUCCUUAUCUAUUCAUAAAUCACAAGGACAAACUCUACCUAAAGUAAAAGUUGAUCUUAAGAGAGUAUUUGAAAAGGGUCAAGCAUACGUCGCAUUGUCAAGAGCAAUUUCAAGAGAUGGAUUACAAGUUUUAAAUUUUGAUAGAAAUAAAAUUCACGCCCAUGUGUCGGUAGUUAAAUUUUAUGACACACUUGUUUCAGCUGAUGAUGCCAUUAAAGAUCUAAAACAGAGAGAUCAAGUAAAACAGGAGCAAAAAGUAAACGAAAAUAGUGCUCCUUCAUAUACCUACAAUAAGAAUACGUUCAAAAAAGAUACCAAUCAAUAUUAUGUUAAUAAAAAUAAAUUACCUGGUAUUGAACAAAUGUUACAAAAUUCGAAACGCCAUAAAUCAUCAGGUUUAUAA